AUGGCGCAAAAGGUAGCCCUGAUCACGGCAGGAACAGCAGGACUUGGGGCCCAAAUUGCUCGCGUGCUAGCACCCGAUUUCCGUCUGGCUAUCAACUACGCGAACAACCAAGCUCGAGCUCAGGCAUUAGUUGACGAGCUAGACAAAGUCCCGAGUACCACCAGCUCAGGACAUUCGCCACGCUUCGAGCUCAUCCGAGCAGAUGUUGGAGAUCGAAGUGCGGUCCAGCAGCUUAUCAAGGACACUGUCAGUAAGUUCGGUCGACUCGAUGUCAUCGUAUCGAAUGCUGGCUGGACUCGCGUAACCAACUUCAAUGAUCUGGACGAAGCCAUGGAGGACGCUGAUUGGGACAAAUGCUUCUUAUACAAUGUCAAGUCCCACUUAUGGCUCAUGCACGCAGCUAAACCGCAUCUAGAGGAGACUGAGGGCGCCUUCAUCACAACAGCAAGUGUCGCAGGGGUCAAGCCAUCGGGCAGCUCAUUGGCGUACUCUGUCUCGAAAGCCGCAACAAUCCAUUUAACGAAAGGCCUGGCGACAAUAUGCUCGCCCAAGAUUCGAGUCAACAGUGUUAGUCCCGGCUUACUGCUAACUGAUUGGGGACUCAGCUUUGGGCCCGAGAAGAUUGAGAAAGCGACUGCAGCCACGAAGCUGAAACGACUGGCUACUGUCGAGGCAAGCCUUCAAAGUUUUCCUUUUUGGCAGGUGAUGCUGACCAUUACUACAGGAUGUCGCGGAUCAAGUGCGGGUACUGGCGACGACUAA